AGAAAGUAAAACUUGUUGAAGGGCCAACUCCAUGUGGGCCCGUCUCAGACAAGAGUAUUCAGCCCACCAGAGGCAUUUGUGGUACCAAGGUCAAAGGCUCAGGAAGUCCCUGCACCCCGUCCCCCUGCCUGAUUCCUCCAAAUCAGAAAUACUUACUUAGCACCUACUAUGAGUUCAAAAGUCCUUGCCCUCAAUAAAUGUAUCAUUCUUGGUGGAAAAUGAGAUCUACCCACAAGGAAAGCGAACAUAGAAGAGGUGAGUGCUGUCCCACGGAGUAGAAAUUAACUGCACAGCGGUGGCAUCAGGCCCUGCAGUCACUUCCAGGAGGAAGGAUCACCGUGACCCCCCGCAACACACCGAGUGCUGGUUCCUCUCACUGUCUGAGCUCUCGGUCUCUAGAGAGAGAGGCAGUCAGGUAUAGUAGAAAGAAUACAGGCUUUGGAGUCAGACAGAACCAGGUUGUAACCUAGCUUUGCAGUUUACUCUCUCUCGACUCCCUCCCUGAGGCCGCUGGUCUUCAGCAGGAAAGGGGGCAGGCGCCAUGCCUACCUUGAAGGGCUGCUGUGAGGAAUGAAUGACUGAAACAACAUAUAUAUCGAUAUACGUGAGGUGCCGAAUAGUACCUGUAUUGUUUUGUAUUCUUGUAGUGUUCUGGAAAUAGAACAAGUUUUACUUUAAGGCACGGGGUUCUGAGCUCUAAAGGGCAGAGGCGGUUGGGGCAUAGGGUUCAGAGGACACAGAUGGAAAAGGACAGCAGCUGUGCCAUGCGGAGCAUCCUGUGGGUGUCAAACCCGAUUUGAUGCUUAGAGUCCCCGAGACGGAGAAAAAAAGGCACUCUGCAGGAAGUUUAUAGUAAAAUGGAGAGUAUGGGACACGAGCAGGAGAAGUUACUUUAAAUCACAGAACAAUAAGAGAAAAGUUCCAAUCACUAUCAAAGGAAUAAGAAACAGUAAGAGAGUCAAAGGGCUCAGUCAGGAUGGAGGAGGAAAAUGGCCAGUUUGCCUCUGUCUUUCCGACAGACAGUCACUCCUGAACCACCUACUGAUGGCAGUUCCCCCCUUCACCCCCACCCUCUCCUUCCCUAGGCUUCCACCUCUACCUCGGAUGGGAUGCUGACUUUGGACCUGAUCCAGGAGGAAGACCCUUCCCCGGAGGAACCAGCCUCUUGCGCCGAGAACUUUCGCGUGGACCUGGACAAGUCUGUGGCCCACCUGGCCGGCAGCCGGCGGAGAGCAGACUCAGACCGCAUCCAGCCCUCCUCAGACCGAGCCAGCGGCCUCCCCCGGGCUUGGGAAAAGCCAGACAAAGGGGCCACCUACACGCCCCAGGCCCCCAAGAAGCUGAGCCCCGCAGAGAAAGGCCGCUGUGCCUCCUUGGAGGAGAUCCUGUCUCAGCGGGACGCUGCCCCGGCCUGCACCCUCCAGCUGCGGGCCGGGGACCCCCCAGGCCUCGUUCCACCCCACCCGGGGCAGCUGUCCCGGAUCCAGGACCUGGUCGCCAGGAAACUGGAGAAGACUCAGGAGCUGCUGACAGAGGUUCAGGGACUGGGAGAUGGGAAGCGAAAGGCCAAGGACCCCCCGGGGUCUCCUCCUGACUCUGAGUCAGAGCAGCGGCUGCUGGAGACAGAGCGGCUGCUGGGAGAGGCAUCGUCGAAUUGGAGCCAAGCAAAGAGGGUGCUGCAGGAAGUCAGGGAGCUGAGGGACCUGUAUAGACAGAUGGACCUGCAGAGCCCCGACUCCCACCUCAGACCAGCCACUCAGCACAGUCAGUACCGGAAGAGCCUGAUGUGAACGAGGGGGACAGCGGCUGGAACUUGGGGGGUGGGGUACACGGACUCUUAUCUCCAAGUGUUGCAGGAUAAAGCUUUUUUAUUUACCUCAGUCAAAAAAAGGAAAAAAAAAAAAACCCACAAACUCGUUGCUCUUGCUGCUGCCCAACCUUCCCCCCACCCCCGUUUCCUUCCUUAUCCGUGGCUGUUUCUCUGGCACCUCAGUUGCCUCAGAUUUGAGGAGAUGACCCCGACAGCAGUAUUAAGAAGCUCUCACCUAGACGAAGAGAGGGGGGAAUAAAGGCAUAGUCUGGCCAUUUACACACACCACCCCUCAGACACGGCAGGGAACGUUCUGCUGCUCCCAAGGACACGCAUAAGCCAAGUUUGCAGGGGAGGCUUUUUCGCUUCCAUCCCAUUCCAGGUUUUCAAUCUGAGGGUGAAAUUUCAGCUGUCCAGCUCUAGCCCUGGGGAUAUGGAAACCACUGCCAACUGCGCACACAGAAGUGACAUCUGUCCCUGCCCUGAGUAGGAUUUGUGGGAUCCCACCAGACACACCAGCUUCUUGCUCAUACCCUUUAAUGAGA